AAUAGCAUGUUUACUGCUUGGAUGGAAGCAAAUGGGAAAUAUGCUUAGGGAAAGGGGCUAACAUAUUCAGAAUUUCCAGCAGCAUUUGUAUUUGAUGAAAAAAAAAAAGAAUGGCGACCAAGGAAACAAGGAUUUAGCCUUGGUCGAAUGAACUUCGUUGCUCCAGGAAGUGGCGAGUUAUAUUACUUGCGACUUCUAUUGAGUUAUCAACGUGGCUGUUCAAGUUUUGCAGAUUUGAAAACACAUAAAAACCAGACCUAUGAAACUUUCAGAGAUACAUGUGAUGCAAUGGGUUUGUUGAAAGAUGAUCGUGAAUUCAUUGAUGCUAUACAUGACGUAGCUACCCGUUCAUCUGGUCCCUAUGUCAAGAACUUAUUUGUUACAUAUUUGAUGGGAAACAUACUAAGUAAUCCUUUGAAUGUCUGGAAUCAAACAUGGCAUGAACUUGCAGAUGGAAUUCUCUAUAAUCUACGGAAAGCUCAUAACAAACCAGAUUUGGUUAUUGAAGAACAUCGUCUUAAGGACCUAUGUUUAAUGGAGAUUGAGAAAAUUUUGAUGGUUAAUGGAAAAUCUCUAAAGGAUUUUUCUGGAAUGCCUCAUGUUGAAUCUAAUACAUUAACUGAGUAUGGCAAUGUAUUGCUACUCAAUGAGCUGAAUUUUGAUGUUGUUGAGAUGAGCAACUUACACGAUGAAUGUUUUAGCAAGUUGAAUGAUGGCCAGUUGAAGAGUUAUCAAGAAAUUAUAACUGCUAUCAAUGCAAAUAAUGGUGGUUUUUUCUUUGUAUAUGGAUAUGGAGGAACGGGAAAAACUUUUCUAUGGAAAACUUUGACCUAUAAACUAAGAUCUCAGAAACAGAUUAUACUAAAUGUUGCAUCAAGUGGAAUAGCAUCCCUUUUAUUACCAGGUGGCCGAACAGCACAUUCAUUAUUUUCAAUUCCCCUUUGUUUGAACGAGGAUUCAUGUUGUGGGAUACCUCAAGGAAGUCCAAAAGCUGAACUGUUACAACUUGCUAGCCUAAUCAUUUGGGAUGAGGCCCCCAUGGUUAGUCGCUAUGCUUUUGAGGCGUUAGAUAGGACUUUGCGGGACAUCAUGAGGUUUAAAAUCCAUAAUAGUUCUGAAAAACCAUUUGGUGGAAAGGUUGUUGUUUUGGGAGGUGAUUUUAGGCAAAUUCUACCAGUCAUUCCCAAAGGUAGGAGAGCCGAAAUUGUUAUGUCAACCAUUAACUCUUCAAGGCUAUGGAGAUUUUGCAAAGUUCUUAAUUUAACCCAAAACAUGAGGUUGACAACUACAGCAUGUGAUGGGGAUAAUGGGGAAGUUAAACGCUUUGCAAAAUGGGUUUUAGAUAUUGGGGAUGGUAAGUUGGGUGAUUAUAAUGAUGGCGAGUCUAAUGUUCAAAUUCCGAAAGAUUUGUUAAUAUAUCAAUCUUCCAAUCCUAUUGCAGACAUUGUUCAUUUUAUGUACCCUGACAUUGUCCAAAAUGUGGGUUGUGUCAAAUACUACUCAGACAAAGCAAUUCUUGCUCCCACUUUAGAUGCUGUUGAUUCAAUUAAUCAAUAUGCAUUGUCAUUAUUUCCUGGAAAUGAGAAAACAUAUCUUAGCUCGGAUUCAGUAUGGAGAGUUGAUGUAGAUGUUGGAAUUGAAGCUGAUUGGUUAACUACUGAAUUUUUGAAUGGUCUUAAAUGUUCUGGUAUGCCUGAUCACAAGUUGGUUUUAAAAGAAGGUGCACCCGUCAUGCUCAUGCGAAAUCUUGACAUUUCCACUGGUUUAUGCAAUGGUACAAGACUUAUUGUUAACUACCUUGGUCCAAAUGUAAUUGGUGCUAUUGUUCUUUCUGGCACACAUAUUGGAAAGGUUGUGUAUAUUUCCAGGAUGAAUUUGAUGCCAUCUGAUGAAACCAUGCCUGUGAAGUUUCAAAGAAGACAAUUUCCUUUGAUUGCAUCCUUUGCAAUGACAAUCAACAAAAGUCAGGGGCAAUCAUUAUCUCAAGUCGGUGUUUAUCUACCAAAGCCUGUUUUUUCCCAUGGCCAGCUCUAUGUUGCUAUUUCUAGAGUUAAGAGCAGAGAUGGUUUGAAGAUAUUAAUAUGCAAUGAAGACACAAGCCAACAAGAUGUUACAAAAAACAUUGUCUUCCAGGAAGUUUUCCAAAAGAUUUACAACACAUAGUUUGUAUGAUUUCCUAAAUUUAACAUGUAAUACUUUAUAUUUAUUAAGCAAAGAUACAUUGAAACAAAGAAAAUUUUGUAACCAAUAUCAGUGUUAUAGUAACUCAAAUGGUAUGUCUUAAUAAAUAUAUUAGUCCA